UCCAUCAACCUGUUUCCUUGCUAGCGCACCUCGUCGGAAAGAACAAGAGGGACUCAACCGGAUACAACCGGCCAUGGCGGCAGCGCUUCGGCUUGCGGCGAGGAGGAUCUGCGGCAGCGCCCUCGGGCCGCCGCCGCAGGCGUUCCUCGCGGCGGUGGGCAAGGUGGCGCCGAGGAGGAUCAGCACCGGCAACGGCGGGAUCUCGCUUCGCCGGACGUUCAGCGAAUCACCGCAGAAUAACCUUGUCAGCAACAACGCGGCCGAUCCGGCGAGCCUCGGCGCACGGGCGGAGGAGAAGAAGCAGGAGCUGCUCCAGAUCCUCCGGCAGAUGGACCGUCGCCACUGCAAAAACUUCGACAUGGAGAUGGAGAACAAGAAGCUGGUCCACCUGCUUGCGCGAUCCUCUCAUCCUGCACCAUACUCAAUUGGAUAUUUUCUAGAGAACCAUUGGUUAAAAUCCACGGCCGGGGCGUCUCUUGGGCUCCUUGCACUCAUCUACGUGGAGGCAGAGUAUGUAAUUCCUGCGAUCGAUCGAGUAUGUAAGAUGGUGAAGGCGUGAAAGCAGCUCUGACGUGUGAGAAAGCAGAAUGAUAAACGUUAAUUCUUAUGUGUAUAUAUUCCUUAGCAGUUAGUAAAAGAAUUGUCAGAAUUUCUCAAAGUGGACGUGUAUGUUGUUGAGCAGUGGUUAUGAAGAAUUGAUGAUUGAUCAUUGUGCGUCGGUACCAGUGGAUGCUAGUAGCUAUAGUUUUCUUU